AUGGAGAACGUAAAAAAAUUAUCUAAAACGAUAAAUGAAAUGCAGCAGAAAAUUUCCGAAAUUCGUAAAGAGUCUUUGCACUUAAGAACGGAAAUCGAAGUGCUACAACAAGAGAGUCGUAGCGUCGUCCCAGAAAAAAGGAAUGAGAAUAUAGUAUCAAUGGUAAAAAAAAUAGGCUCCAUUGUUGGAACCAUAAUUCAUGAUGAUGAUAUAGCCGCUUCUCAUAGAGUUGCUCGUUUUAACAAGGGGUCGGAUACCAGCAAUAAUUAUCCUAAAAACGUCAUAGUAAAGUUUUUCUCCGUGUCGAAGAGAAACGAAUUUUUAAGUGCAGUGAAGUUAGGUCGAAACCGUGGUUUGAAGGCUUCUGACUUGGGAUUUGAGCAGGAAACUAGGUUGUUUGUUAACGAACAUCUCUCUUCUUACUUCAAGCAGCUGCACAGAAGGGCUCGGGAGUUUUGCAAAAUGUCAAACUAUAUAUAUUGCUGGAUUAAGGAUUCGAAGAUCUUCAUUAAAAAAGAGGAUAAUAGUAGGGCUUUUCAUGUCUCCAAUGAACAAGUUUUGUCGUCUUUGAGUACUUAA